UACGUAUGUAGAGGCAUGUAUCCGGCGUACAUGAUAAUAAGCCAAGUGUAUAUAAGUUGCAGGUUUGAUAGUUGAGAAGUGCGUGCGACGAGGUUGAAAAAGCUCAUUUCAGGCAUGCGCGGGUUCGAGGUGUUUGCCCACGCGGCAGCCAGUCGGUCGCAGCCCGCCAAACUCCUUCUAUCCAACUCCGGGACGCCCAUGAAAGUAGCGCAAAAGUUCCGAUGCUUACGUCAUUGAGAGCUUUAUUUUUACGGUCGCAUGUCGAUAGUUUUAAUUAACGUUUGCAUCCAGCGUUGAAUAUAACCCGCCCAGCUGAUCCGACGGCGGCGGGGGGGUGAUACGCUAAUCACGGCUAUCUUCGUUCAGGUGAACGUGUUGCCGGGGCAAAAGCACGGAAAAAAAGAAAAAGAUAGAACGCGAUAUAAUCGGGGAGCGAAAAAAACGCCAUGUGACGUUCCCGGCCGCUGCCGUGUAAUUAUCAUUAAGCCGUAAUUACGGUGAAACUAAUUUUUCAUCGCCCGUUGUAAUUGCACAUGUGGGUUAACGAUUGGAUUAAUCAUUUAUCGAUAAAAAUGAGCCGAUAAAAUUUCCAAAAAAAUUAUUAAAAAAAAAAGAACAUGUGACGAUGCACGAAAAUAAUUUUAUUCCGAUAUUUUCGCUAAGGCUCCACAUUUUUUUACCUACCAAUGAAUUAGAUUCGGAAAAAUAAUGGAUCGGUUUUACGAAGCGGAAAAUUUUAUUUAAAAUUAUCAUAGAAGUUCUUUCGACCGGCUGUGCAUAUAAUUGAUACUGCAAUAAACGGCGAUUAUGAAGGGAACGACGUCAACUGGGAUUUGCGUUUUUUUAACCGUAUAGAGUUAACCGAAACUGCGAAUGACAACGUAAUACGAUAAAAGGGUUUAUAAAGCGAGAGUCUUCGGUUGGCGUAAUACCCUUCCCUGGCCUAAGGAGUUAGAUCUUGUACGGUGAAUCGGCUGGAUGAGGAAGGGGAAGAAAAAUCGUGAUGAGACAAAAAAGAACAUCUGAUUUACAAUGAACGAAAAAUCGGUGAUGCGAUGUAAUGAAAAUCGAAAGAACGGUGGAUACGACGUAAAAUAUUGGGGAACGUAGGUACGAGAUGCGUGGCUGACUCCGAGUUUUAACUGAAAAUUUGAAAAUACCUGAAGAAAUAAUUGUCGCGAAAUCGUGUUUGAUAUAUCAAAGUAAAUUAACGUAAUUGAAUGUGUGUAAGAGAAAAAUGAAUAAAUAAAAUAAAAAUUAUUGUGUACAAAUAAAAAAAUAUAUAUAUAUAAAUGAAUGUAUAAAAAAAAAAAAACAAAUUUUAUUUUCACGGUAUAAAAUAUUUAGUAACCACGUAUAUUAUUGUUUGAACGAUUUUCAAAAUUGGGGAAUAUACGCUGACGAAGAUAAAAUAUAUUAUUAUAAAAUAUAAUUGUACAAAAUAAAAAAUAUAAAUGUUCGAACGAUAAGUAAAUAGUCGACGUGGUAUUCGCGUAAAUUUAGACUACAUUUAAUCAUAUGAAUCUGUGUGCGGUAGUUAUUGAAAAAAUAUAUUCACGUCCACCCUGCAGUUUUGGAAUUAAAAACAGCCGAGGGAUUCAAUCCGAACGAUGCAUCGAUAGAUCGAUGAAAAUCGUAUCGAACCAAUUCGAUUUUCGAAAUUCAUAUCGGAAAUUUGAACUCAAGUUGCCGCUGCCGCUGACGUUUAUAUCUUCGGAUCGCAGGAUCCGCCGGGGUUACCGCAGCUUUUUAUCGGUGGUUCGCCUUCAGGGCUCGCCAAAGCAAGAACUGCAGCUAGACGCCUUUCGUAUCCAUCCGACAACUGGGAUCGCGCGGAGAUGGAACGCAGACUGCCGAAUGACGACGGUUCCUACGUUGGAGUAAAAACGAUUGCGAAAUAACAAAGUGGGGCGAUAUUUUACGUUAUUAUUGACGCCGAGGCGUUGCUGUAAAGCUGUGAAAAAUAGUUCGACCCGAUGUAAAUUCUAGAUAACUUUUUACAAAUAACCUAAUUUUGCCCAGACCGUGUUAAGCCGACGCUAUAUAGCUUUAUAGAUCUAAUAAAUAAAGAAAAAUAGAAUCGAGAGAGGGAGAAAAAAGAGGGAGAAAAAUUUGAAGAACAGAAACCGAUCUCGGAGAUGAAGGGAUAAAAGGGUGAUUGAUAAUCGUGCGAUAUACACGGGACAGAAAUUCGUGCGAAACAAAUGACCAAUUAUCGGAUGACCGAGGAGGCGGUAACUCAUAACGUUAAGCGGUUGUUGGAAGUGAAAAAAAAAGUUUAACAAAAAAUAACGGAGAUUUGCGUACACGUCUCUCUGUACCUGUGCAGAGAGGAGGAAGAAAACGAAAACGGCGGAGAAGAAAAAUUUUUGAUUUUUUGAAGCGGCGAAAGUGGGAUCUGGCUUAAAACUCGAAAUUUAAUUUAUCGCGCGCGCUCGUGUAAAUCACUUUUAAUCUAUAUUAAUCGUAUAAACGAAGCGUGUUAAUUAACUGCCCAAAAUUUUGAAUAAACCUUCAGCACCGUAGGCACAUCGGAAAUGUUAAACGGAUAACAAACCUUCGGAAGCCUGGUCGUAAUUCAUUAUCUUUGGGGUUAUUUUAGCGAGGUAAAAUAAAUGAAAAUCGGCGCCCCGUUACUCAGUGCUUACGAGGGGCCCUCGAAAUCCAGAAAAAGUAUAAUUGCAAUAGUGAAAGAACGGCGAAAGAUGUUUUCGACGGAAAAGUGCAGAAAAUCAAUUCACACGCCAGGUUGCGCGGUCGGCGAGUGAACUCGAACUUUGAGCGCGUGGUGUCGAAUAAGAUAAUAGUGGAUAAGACGUGAGAAACUGAUAUAAAAUAGAAGAAAAAAAGUUUUUCACCAUUCAGCAAAAAUGACAAGGUACACGAAACGGGUAAAAAGACGGAGGAACGUAACUCCAACUGUGACCUGAUAUAGGAAGGGAUAGGAAGAAGGGAGGGAACUCGGAUUCUCAUCAGUGUCAAGUGCAAGAUGAAUGAAAGCGACAUAUACCUUCUAGGGUCGGAAGAUGGUGAAAUAGGUAGCAGCCCUACAGACAUAAACAAAACGUACUACAACGUAUCCAGCUACUCGGUAAACGCAACGAGUUACAACGAUAUAUGGAACUUGGCGUCGGAUAGAGCGGGACUCGCGAUAGUUUUGUUCCUCUUCUCGGUUGCCACGGUUUUUGGCAACAUGCUCGUCAUACUCGCCGUAGUCAGGGAGAGGUACCUCCACACCGCCACGAACUAUUUCGUCACCUCGUUGGCAUUCGCCGAUUGCCUGGUGGGCCUCGUCGUGAUGCCGUUCAGCGCCAUAUACGAGGUGUUGGAAAACAAAUGGCUAUUCACCACCGACUGGUGCGACGUGUGGAGGUCGUUGGACGUCCUUUUUUCCACCGCGUCUAUCCUGAACCUCUGCGUCAUCAGCUUGGACAGAUAUUGGGCCAUCACCGAUCCCUUUACAUAUCCGACAAGGAUGAGCAGGAAGAGAGCCGCCAUACUCAUAGCGAUAGUAUGGAUAUGUUCGAGCGCCAUAUCGUUCCCCGCCAUCGCUUGGUGGAGGGCCGUUAGGACGGAAAAAGUACCCGAAGACAAAUGUCCGUUCACCGAACACUUGGGAUACCUAAUAUUCUCGUCGACGAUAUCGUUUUACUUGCCACUGUUCGUCAUGGUGUUCACUUACUACAGGAUAUACAGAGCCGCCGUGAUACAGACGAGGAGUUUGAAGCUCGGCACCAAACAAGUGAUGAUGGCUUCCGGUGAACUUGAACUAACCUUGAGGAUACACAGGGGAGGGGCCACCAACACCGACGCCCGUCAUUUGUUUCGAACCGCUUCGAGCACUCCCGAGGACCUCCAGGACCUCGAGGAACCCCUCACCGCGCUCCACAACAACGGUCUUACGAGGCUACCUUCCACGCGGAUCAACAACAAGCAACACCUUGGCAAAAACUUCUCGCUCUCCAGAAAACUUGCCAAGUUCGCCAAGGAGAAAAAAGCGGCGAAGACUCUCGGCAUUGUGAUGGGUGUGUUUAUAGUGUGUUGGCUACCGUUUUUCGUUGUGAACUUGUGGUCGGGAUUUUGCUCGAGGUGUAUCUGGCAGGAGGAGAUCGUCUCCGCGGCGGUCACGUGGCUCGGUUGGAUUAACAGCGGCAUGAAUCCCGUCAUAUACGCCUGCUGGAGUCGAGAUUUCAGAAGAGCUUUCGUCCGGAUCCUGUGCGUUUGCUGCCCGCGAAGAAUGAGGCGUCGUUACCAGCCAGCGUUCAGGUGCAAACCUAGUCAGAAAUUCUCUUCGAGGAAAUACUACUCUACGUAUUCGCUCCACCAAGUCCGAAGCAGCCGAGAGAAUUCUUGCGAACAGACCUACAUUUAGAGAUGCUACGACAUCGGAAGUUGCUCCUCUUCGUCCUCGUAUAAUUCGGCUAGAAGAGAAAAAAAAAUAAUAAAAAAAUAACAAAUCACUAUUUCCCCCAAACACGAUCUGUGUAUCCAAUCGACACUCCGCUGUAAAAUCCUCGGUCUCCGUUUUAGCCGGCGGACAUCGGUAGAUAUAUUUUCGGUGGCAGGGUGUAAAAUUUCAAACUUCGUGUCCGGCCGAUCUAUCAACUAAUUCUUACGAAUGACUCAAUGACCAUACCCAUGUACACACAUAUGCAUUAUACAUUACAAUUAGACUAAUUGUUAUACGUAGAGUUUUGAAUAUAGGUAGAUAUGUACGUGUAAUUGAAUGAAAGAAAAAAAGAAAGAAGGAAUGUCAUCCACAGUAAUUGAUUGUAAACUGGCAAUCGAUAUCUCGAUUCGAUAUAAUAUAUCCCUUCGUAGUAUCGUGUCGCUGUAUCCUUUACCCGAAGGUACAUAUAUAUGAAUAAUUGGUAAAGUCGUCGUCGUCGUCGUCGUCGUCGUAAUUCUGUCCCCGCAUAUAACACGCCCUGCCACUGUUCGAUGUGAAUCCUUGAGCUUGACACGGACGACGAUGUAACGAAAAUUUCGAAUACAAAAGUGACAGAGAAAAUGGAAAUAUAUCGGUUCAUGUAUAUGAUUUAAUUGUCAGCUCACCCGACAGUCACGAUACACCUGAUGAUCCUAUUCCAUAUGAAGAUAGAUAAAAAUUGUAAUUAUUUUAGCGACAGAAAUUUUUUGGUGAAAAUCCAUUUUUUACACAGAGAAAUUUUCCACGUUUCUAUCACGACGUAUGUAACAUCGUUCGUCACCGACGCAACUAUGAUAUGGUAUACAAUACGUUAAAUGUGUCUCGAUAAAUUAAAAUUAAAGUUCACGUUGUCACGAAAUGCAGACUAGUUUAUCAGAAGUAUACGAUCAGAGAAAAACCAAAAAACCAAAAAAUCAAAAAGAAAGAAAGAAGCCGAUAUUAAAAACCCAAAUAACGAGACAACCAGUUGUAAGGUACGUCCAUUUUCUUCCCUAAUUCACCGUACUGUAUCUUCACGAUUCAAUUUUUCUCCCACUGCGACACAUUACUCAACACUCGACAAAACACCAAUUUCUUCUGUCAAUCCACCCAAGUUCACCCGAUCACAGAUCAAACACAACCGAUACUCGAUGUAGAAUUGGGUCCGACGCACGCUCCGUAGUCUUUAAUUAUUGUCAGUUUCGUGUCACUUUGCUCGCUAGAAAAUUAAUUGAUGUUACCGGCUAUUUUAUGACGUUACACGCUCGUUGAACGUUUUACGAUUCGCUUGAUUUUAAUAAUAUUAUACCCGUAUGUUACACAGUUGGCACCGUUUACUCGAUCAGUUACACCACGGCACCACCCCCGUCCCUUGAAUGGCACUUGCACAUCACGACGUAGAACGUAUUGGAUUAUUUACACGUGCAUUUAUACCUAUAUGGGUGUGCGAUACAUACGUUUACGUAGAGUGUGUUAUACACUACUCGACCGUUCAGCUUUUGAUUCAUGCAUUGCAGACCGCCGUCAAAAGCGUUCCUUCUUAUCUCUCUGUAUUCUAUCUUUCUCUCUGGUUUUUUUUUCUUCCCCUUAUUUUACAAGCCACACAUGUGAGGAUAGAGUAGACUGCAAGCUCGUAGAUUAUUUUUCUUCUAUUUUUUUUCUCCUCAUUUCUGAGAUAAAACUGUUCAAGUAUCUUAUUAUUAUUUUUUUUUUUCACUUCUUCUGCGUUGAAUGUCCAACCUGGAAGAAUAAUUGAUGCGAUAAAAAAAAUUUUUAUAUCUUCGAAGUUCGUAAAUUUAGCAUUUUUAUUUGGGCAGCUUUUUCUUUUUAUUCCUUGGAAAUGUAACUGCGGUAUCUGAUUCGCGAUAUCGACCGCCAACGUUUUUUUGGAUUUUAUUUUUUUCCUUUUUUUUCACAAUAGUCUGCACAGAUCGAUUCGUCUCCACUGUUUAACCUUGAGGAAACGAUAAUUCUUUAGGUUUCUGAAAAAAUUGCAAAUAUCCUGGGGGUUGCGGGGGAGUUUUUAUCGCGAAGUGUUCCGGGAAGAAUUUGAGACGCGCGUUACCAUCGCUGGUGGGAAUUUUUUCUGCUGAAAAACUCGAGCCGUGUUUGAAAUUUCAGCAACUCUUAGCUGUAUCAGUUUUCACCCGUCGUUUUCUCAUUUUUCACUCUCCGUUCCGUUGGCUGGGAGUAAAAUACGGCGAGAAAAUUGCACGGCAAAAGCUCAAUGAAAUCGUGUCCAGUCCGUUAAAGUUAAGGUUCUCUAGUCCAACACGGAUUUUAACACCUCAUACGUAUAGUACGUGCAGACUGUAUUUCAGGGGGUUACGAUGUCAUAAGGGAGUGAAAAUUUUCCUCUCGUAAUAUGAAAUAGGAAAAAUAUUAACGAUUUUAACUGUCUCGUUCAACUGUUAUACGCUUCCCGUUUGACCGAGUGAAAAAUAAUCCUUGAAAAUAAUAUCGCAUAUAUAUAUAUAUAUAUAUACUUUCAUCAUCCGAACGACCCAGGUAUAUCUUUGUCGUUAAAUUUUUUUUAAUUGCCAUGAUUUCUCCUUGCCGUAUUUUUCUUGAAGUUCAGAACCAAUCUUCCCGUAUCUUUUGAAAACGUUGACACCACGCUAAACGGUUCGCGGACGAACGUAGAUCUUUUUAUUAAACGGUUUUUUGAGAUCACCUUGCUUCUGUCAGGGUUGCAGGUGGCGUUCGGUCUGAACGAUAAAUCACAAAAUGUUGUACGUAUGCGGUUGGUGUUUAUUGUCUAGGUUAUCAUCCGUCAAGUCAGGUUUGAGACGAUAAAGGAUAAGAUAUCCUGACGCCGCGCAAGAUGGCCGACAAUUUGGAACGACGUUGACUCUACAUCUAUUCUGUAUAUCCCUUCCGUUUCGCGGUUGCGUAUUUAUUCAAUUACGUUAGGUUUUCGAUCCGCUGCGAUCCGCAGCAGGGGGUGGAGCGUAUUUUUAGAGCGAUAAUUUUCACGUUUUCAACCAAAUAAAUGGUCGACAAGUGCAAACCCCGAAGUGGGUUUUCAUUGUGAAAACGUUUCUGUACGAACGCGUUGCGCGGAGAAACGCAGAACUCGAAUCCAUCAUUGUUUAUAACUCACCUUUAUUCCCAAGCCUAACAUUUAUUACCUGCAAUAUGGCGGAGUCGCUGCUGGCUGUACCUACAUUCGUAUAAAUAUUUUUAUUUUUACCUCGUGCCAUUUUCACUCCGCGGUGUUUCUGGGCAAUUUGUUUGCUGUAUAUCUACGCCGCCGGUUCACCUAGAACGUAUUAAAUUCAUGUGAGCCGUAUAGCUUAUAAUACCGACAGUUUUUACCGAGCAAUUUCAGUCGCCGGUCCACGUCGAGGAGCAUUAAACCGAAAAACAAUAGCACGUAAUUUUGCGGUGCAAGCGUAACACACACUUUAUGUUAUUAAAACUUUCCCCUCUCAAUUAAUAAUAAUUCUCAUUUUCGAGCUCCGGAGCUAGAAAACGUCUCAAGUUGUCCUCGUUAACGUCGACUCUCUUCUAUGCCCCGUAUAAAAUUCGG